AUGACUCUAUCAGAUGGAAACAACAGUGUGACUGUGUUCACCCUCUUGGGAUUCUCAGAUUAUCCAGAAUUGAAAGUCCCCCUCCUUUUGAUAUUUCUCAUCAUCUACAGCAUCACUGUGGUAGGGAAUAUUGGAAUGAUCAUCAUAAUUAGAAUUAACCCUAAACUGCACACCCCCAUGUACUUUUUCCUCAGUCACCUUUCCUUUGUGGACUUUUGUUAUUCCUCCAUUGUUGCUCCAAAGAUGCUGAUAAAUCUAGUUAUAAGGGACAGAACCAUAUCAUUUGUAGGAUGCUUGGUGCAAUUCUUUUUUUUCUGUACUUUUGUGGUAACUGAAUCUUUUCUAUUAGGAGUGAUGGCUUAUGACAGGUUUGUGGCCAUCUGCAACCCUUUACUCUACACAGUAGCCAUGUCCCAGAGGCUCUGUGCCAUGCUGGUGUUGGGAUCCUAUGCUUGGGGGGUAGUAUGUUCCUUGAUACUGACCUGCUCUGCUUUGAACUUAUCUUUUUAUGGUUUCAACAUGAUUAAUCACUUUUUCUGUGAGUUCUCCUCUCUCCUUUCACUUUCAUGCUCUGACACAUCUGUCAGUCAACUGCUGCUUUUCAUUUUUGCCACUUUUAAUGAGAUUAGCACACUCCUUAUCAUCCUCUUGUCUUAUAUGUUCAUUGUUGUGACAAUUCUGAAGAUGCGCUCAGCCAGUGGACGCCGCAAAGCCUUCUCCACUUGUGCUUCCCAUCUGACAGCCAUAACCAUCUUCCAUGGCACAAUCCUAUUCCUAUACUGUGUACCCAACUCCACGAACUCCAGGCACACUGUCAAAGUGGCCUCUGUAUUUUACACAGUGGUGAUCCCUAUGCUGAAUCCCCUAAUCUACAGUAUGAGAAACAAAGAUGUUAAGGACACAGUAAAAAAAGUUAUAGGUGUUAAAGUCUAUACUUCUUAA